AUGCAAACCGUGCAAAAGGUAGCGGCGAUGCGACUGCCGCCUCUGCCAACGGUCAGGGACUUGAUCAACCUGUUUGGUCUCAGGGCCAAAAAGCAGCUGUCGCAAAACUUUUUGUUAGAUCCUAGAAUUACUGAUAAAAUAGUACGAGCUGCCGGUGGGAAAAAACUCCGAGGAGCGCAUGUUUGCGAGGUGGGGCCUGGCCCAGGUCCAAUUACGAGAUCCAUCUUCAAUGCUGGGAUUGAGAGAUUGGUGGUCAUCGAAAAGGAUAAAAGAUUUUUACCAACUCUUGAGAUUCUCGCCAGUGCCAGUGGAAAUAGGCUGGACAUUCAUCUCGGAGAUGUUUUGAGUUUCAACAUGAGUAAAAUGUUUCCUGAAGAGCUGAGAGCGCAAGACUGGGCUCACAAACCACCUCCCAUCAAUAUAAUUGGCAAUCUUCCGUUCAGCGUUUCAACUCCGCUGAUCAUUAGGUGGCUAAUGGAUAUAAGUGAGAGGCAAAACGUCUGGACCUACGGAAGAGUACCUCUCACUUUGACCUUUCAAAAAGAAGUGGCUGAGCGAAUUGUUGCCCUGGAACGAGAUAAACAGAGGUGUCGGCUGUCACUGAUGAGUCAGGCAUACUGCGAUGUGGAGCUGAAGUUUUUAAUCAAGGGAUCCAGUUUUGUUCCGAAGCCUGAUGUGGAUGUUGGAGUCGUUCACAUGGUGCCCAAAUCUGUGCCCUCAGUUGCAGUGCCAUUUAAAGUGUUUGAAAAGGUCACAAGGACUGUUUUCUGUAUGAGGCAAAAAUACUGCAUAAUCCCAUUCAAACGGCUAUUUCCCGAAUCUUUGCGACAUACGUUGGCUGGUGAGCUUCUUAAGAAGAUUCAUGUUGAUCCCACUCGCAGACCGUUCCAGUUGACUAUGGAGGAAUUUUCUGACAUGGCUUCAAUCUACUGGGAGACAUGUCAAAAAAUUGAAGGGCUCUUCGAGUACAACUUCAGAGCAUCGGUGCCUGACAGAAAUGAACCAGAAUGGAAUAGCAGAGUGCUUGAAAAUGAAAUUCUGACCGGGUAGUGGGGAAAUGAGUGAUAUCGAUAAUUUUAUUUGUAGAAAGAAUUUCAGUUGCCUAAUAAUAAUUAAACAUAAAUAAAUUCA